AUGAAGAGUCUGAUCAUCAUUCUGGCUUUGGCCGUCAUGUCUGAGGCCCUGCACAGGGUGCCUCUGGUGAGGGUGAAGUCCAUGAGGCAGAAGCUGAUGGAGAGGGGAGUGAGGGUCCCCUACACUGACCCCGCCCUCAAGUACCAGCCCCCCGAGAUCCUCGCCACCUCCACCAUUGACCCCAUGAGCAACUACAUGGACAUGGAGUACUACGGCGCCAUCUCCAUCGGCACCCCUCCCCAGUCCUUCCAGGUGCUCUUCGAUACCGGCUCCUCCAACCUGUGGGUGGACUCUGUGUACUGCAACACCCAGGCCUGCACCAGCCACACCCAGUUCAACCCCCAGCAGUCCUCCACCUGGUCCAGCUCUGGUCAGACCUUCUACCUGCCCUACGGAGCCGGUAGCCUGUCCGGUCAGUUCGGCUAUGACACCGUCAACCUCGCUGGCAUUGUCAUCACCAACCAGGAGGUGGGCAUCAGCACCAACGAGCCCGGGCAGAACUUCGUGGUGGCAAACUUCGAUGGCAUCCUGGGCCUGGCCUACCCCGCCAUCUCUGCAGGGCAGCAGACGCCCAUCAUGGACACCAUGAUGCAGCAGGGGCUACUGCAAGCCAACAUGUUCGCCUUCUACUUGUCCGGCGAUCAGAGUGGGGGCAGCGAGGUGGCCUUUGGCGGAGUGGACCCCAACAAAUACCAGGGCGAUAUCUACUGGACCCCCGUCACCUCUGAGAGCUACUGGCAGAUCGGCAUUGAGGGAUUCCAGGUGAACAAUCAGGCCACUGAUUGGUGUUCCCAGGGCUGCCAGGCCAUCGUGGACACUGGCACGUCCAUGCUGACUGCUCCCAGCCAGUUCAUUAGCUACCUGAUGCAGUCUUUCGGCGCUCAGCAGAACCAGUAUGGACAGGCCACUGUUGACUGCAGCCAGGUGAACAGCUUGCCCACCCUGACCUUCACCAUCAACGGAGUGGACUUCCCUCUGCCCCCCUCUGCCUACAUCAUCUCCGUAAGUCCGUCAGGUGAAAAUGGAUGCAGCGUUGCCAUCACCCCCACCUAUCUGCCCUCUCAGAACGGACAGCCCCUGUGGAUUCUGGGAGAUGUGUUCCUCAGGGAGUACUACUCUGUGUACGACCGUACCAACAACCGUGUGGGAUUCGCCACCGCCGUCUAA